UGUGUCGAGUAGCAAAUGGCGGCGUGAGGUGUUUUUAAAUGCUUCUUCAUAGAAAUGUAAAAUGAAAUAACAGAACGAAAAAUGUGGUUUUUAUAUUUAUUAAGUUACUUGUCUUUGAUUAUACAAAUCUGUGUCAUUGUAUUGUCUGUAGCUGCAGGACUUUAUUAUCUGGCAGAAUUUGUAGAAGAAUACACUGUAUUUUCUGGAAAAGUUAUCAAAGUUAUAAUCAUAGUUACUUUCAUUAUCUAUGGAGGGCUCUUUAUAUUUGAAGAUUUGCCAACGUCUAUGAUUGUAUGUGGAGUAAUUAGCCAAAUCCUACAUAUAUUUGUUUUGAGAACUUUUCCAUUUUUUAUUCCAAUGUCAAUACCUUUUAUAGGCACAAUUGUUUUUGCAAUAAUCAAUCAUUAUUUGGCAUUUUCCUACUUCACCUCUGUGUAUUAUCCAUUUUCUGAGGUUUUAACGUAUUUUACAUUAUGCCUUUGGAUAGUCCCUUUUGCAUUUUUUGUCUCUCUCUGUGCUAAUGAAAAUGUUCUACCAACUAUCAUAGAAAAGCGGCCUCUUUUAUCAGAUGAUAGUGAUGUUGUAACGAAUUAUUUCUCCCGACGGGGAAAGAGAUAUGGACUGCUAUCCUUCUUUAACUAUGCCAAGGAAAGUAUUCUUCCACAACGAAUAAAGAAGACAUUCUAGAUUUUAGAUUUUGACUGAAAUGCAGAAGUGAUAAAAUCUUUCAAAAAUUACAUAAGAAAAAAAAUUGAAAUAAUUAUUAGGAGCCAAAGUUCAAAACUCCAAUUUCAAUGGAUUGUUUUGCAAUAAUUUCAUAAAAUUAUUAACACUUAUGCAAAAUUUAAUUAGUGCUUACAAAUUUUAGCAAUGUCUAAAAUAUAUUUGCAAAAUAUUAAUUUUUUAACAGUCCUGAUACAUUUUCAACAUUUAUUAUAACUGUACAUAUUGUAAAUGCACUGAUAAUUUAUGGAACAGAGACAUAAAUAACCUUUUAUUAUUUGAUAAAAUUUAGCAGCUUCAAGAGUUUUUUCACCUGUAUUAUUUUUAUUAUAACAUUAAAUUUAUUAUUUAUCAAUAAUAAAAGGUUUAAACAAAAAAUAAAAUUUGAAUAUAAAAAGUUAAAUUUGGUAAUUAUUUAGUUCUUAUAAAUGGAAAAAUCUCAAACUUGAUGAUGAAUAGAAACAUUUCAAACUGAAUGCUUUCUGCUUUCCAUAUACUUAGUUAACAGAAAUUGGAUUUAAUUAUAUUGAACAUCAUCAUUAAUUAUUUUUCUUUAUGAAAUUAUGAUUCAGUUUUUUUAAUAUAAAAAUUAGAGAAGGAUGAAAUUUUCAUUUUAGUGAUGCAAAAUAUUUUACACUGGUAAGUUAGCUUUAUAUACUAAAAUCUAAUAUUAAUAAAAGCAUAUCAAAUAAGAAUAAAGUUUUUGAAACAGAAUAGUAUUAAGAGAACAUACAAAAUACAGUAAACCUCAUUGCAAAUGCAAGCAUUUUUCACCUUAAAAAGUAAGUGUAGCAAAGUGAAUUUCAUAUAGUAGAGACUAGACAUCUCAAUACAGUGAAUGAUAGAUCAGUUCUUUGAGUCAAUAUCUCAAGUUAUUCUAUACAUAAACAAUAGCAAGGACCAACAAAAUUGUUUACUGUAUCAAGAGCCCAAUGUGUUUGCAUAUUCUCAUUGUGUUUAAAAUUUUAAUUGCCAAAUGGAAAAAUGGCUAUUUUUGUAAAUUGGAUCUGGUAGAUUGAGACAUUUUUUCCUGCUAUGUAACUAUGGCCCAUAAAAGGAUUCGGUUGGUCAGACCUGAUGUACACCAAUGGUAACAACCUUUUUUGUAUGAGGGACAAUUAAAAACAAUUUUAUGCUAGCAUAAUAAAUGUAAUUUUAUAA